GGGGCACUGGGGAGUGUAGUCUUUAAGGCGGAGGCGUUAGCGAAGGAGUCAUGGAAAGGAGAGACGUUUCAUCCGCGGUCCUCUGUAAAAGACGGGGCGGGGCGGAAAUCUAGGCGCCACAGUGGCCAUUCUCCCAUGGGCAUGUUACCGAGAAACAGCUCCCUCAGAGACCUCUGGGCGCGCCGAGCAUCCUGGGAGAUGUAGUCCCGGCACUUGUCCGAGGUUUCUGGGUAGUGUAGUCCUGGCGUCCUGGCCCAGCUGAUGGCUGUAGUGACCCCUUGUUCCUCGCUGGUGAGUGCGGCGCCCGUGGGGCUCUAAGGUGCAGCCGUGCUCUUCCAUGUGCGGAAAGGUCCAUUCCUGAUGCCUUUAAGGAAAAGGAAAGUCUAAGGGCGUGAGUUUCCAGUGACUCUCCUGAACCUUUCUGCUCUUGUGCUGCCCAGAGAGGAAGCCUGGUGGGCGAGGAGAGGGCUCCUGACAGCCCGGACUCAUGUGGGGACUGCUCGCCUUCUGUGUGCUGAACCAAAGGCACACAUGGCAUUCAGAGAUGUGGCUGUGGAUUUCACCCAGGAUGAGUGGGUGCUGCUGAGCCCUGCUCAGAGGUCCCUGUACCGGGAGGUGAUGCUGGAGAACUACAGCAACCUGGUCUCACUGGGCAUUCCGUUUUCUAAACCAAAACUCAUCACCCAGCUGGAGCAAGGGAAGGAGACCUGGAGAGAAGAGAGGAAAUGCUCGCCCGUCAGCUGCCUGGAACCAAAGCCAGAACUCCACCUCCGUCCUUCCUGCCCUCCGGAUCUCUGCAGUCAGAAAUUCCACGUGCAGCAGGUGCUGUGUAGUCCCCCACCCUGGAUCUUCACGUGCCUGUAUGCCGAAGAUCCCGUGGAGCCAGGAGACCUGUGCCUGGAGGACCAGCAGCAGCAGGCCGCUGGUGGAAGUGCCUGGAUCGAGGAAGUGGAAGGGCAGGAGAGGGAAGGUGCCCUGCCUUUGUUUGGAAAGACAGAGAAAAGUACUGUAGAAGUAUUCCCCAGGCCACCCCAGAGGCAGCCAGUCUUCUCUGGGGUUGGGGUCCCAGAUAUGGAGAUAGAGGCCGGCCCGGCACAAAUGGGAACCCCUGAGGAAACAGACAGGCUGUUGAAGAGGAUCGAAGUCUCCAGGAUUGGGACUGUCAACAGUGGAGAGUGUGGACUGGGUUUCAGCAAGACAACGAACCUGGUCAGUCACCAGAGGAUCCACUCCGGGGAGAAGCCCUACGUGUGUGGGGUGUGUGGGAAGGGCUUCAGUCUGAAGAGGAGCCUGCAGGGACACCAGAAUGCGCACUCAGGGGAGAAGCCCCUCGUGUGCGGGGAGUGUGGGCGGGGCUUUAAACAGAGGUCGAAGCUUAUCAUACAUAAGAGGAGACACUCUGGCGAGAAGCCGUACAUGUGCUGUGAGUGCAGGCGAGGCUUCAGCGAUAAGUCGAACCUCAUUGUCCACCAGAGGACACACUCUGGGGAGAAGCCCUACGUGUGCCAGGAGUGCGGGAAAGGAUUCAGCCAGAAGUCAGCCGUCGUCAGGCACCGGAGGACACACCUGAAAGAGAAGACCAUCGUGUGUGGCAACUGCGGGCUGGGCUUCAGCGACAGGUCGAACCUCAACUUGCACCAGAGGACACACUCGGGGGAGAAGCCGUACGCCUGCAAAGAGUGUGGGUGGUGCUUCCGGCAGAGGUCCACACUCGUCAACCACCAGAGGACACACUUGAAGGAGAAGCCCUACGUGUGUGGCGUGUGCGGACACAGAUUCAGCCAGAAUUCAACCCUUAUCUCGCACAGGCGCACACACACCGGGGAGAAGCCUUACGUGUGUGGGGUAUGUGGGCGGGGCUUCAGUCUCAAGUCCCAUCUCAACAGGCACCAGAACACGCACUCCGGGCACAAGCCCAUCGUGUGCAAGGACUGCGGGCGUGUCUUCAGCCAGCAGUCCAACCUCAUCCGACACCAGAGAACGCACUCGGGGGAGAAGCCCCUGGUGUGUGCGGAGUGCGGGCGAGGGUUCAGCCAGAAGUCCAACCUCGUGGAACACCAGAGGACGCACUCCGGGGAGAAGCCUUAUGUGUGCAGGGAGUGUGGGCGGGGCUUCCGCCACCAGUCAGGCCUCAUCCGGCACUGCAGCACACACACAAGGGAACAGCCGUUCAACUGCCGGUGGUGCGGGCGAGGCUUCGGCAACAAGUCCGCCCUGCUCAUGCACAAGUGGUCACACUUGGAAGAGAACUCCUAUCUGUGCACAGAGUGCGGCCAAGGCUUUCCCCACAAGAAACAACUUAUCCUGCACCAGAUGACACACCAGGGGAGGACGCCGCACGUGUGCAAGGCGUGCGGGCAAGGCUUCAUCCAGAAGAGCCACCUCAACAGACACAGGAGGAAUGUGUGCCCACCACAGACCACCGUUUCAGUCUGACCCCGAGGCCCCACCGGAGCAUCCUCCUGACCCCCUCACCCGCUCCAAGAGCGCAGACUAAAUCAAAACAUUUUACACUUUUCUUGAAACACAUUCCCUAAGUGGUCAAAAAGACAUUUGAACUCAGUUUACUUCCUCUACCCCAAGUCGUCGUGUUUGCGGCCUUUUGCUCUAAUAA